CGCAUACGUAGGACACCCUCUAAGUACAACUAGUUGGUCUUUGCAGGUGGUGGAGGACAAGUCACAUUCGCCCAUUAGAGAUGUUAUCCGUGCGAGUUGCAGCGGCUCUGGCCAGAAGCCUGCCCAGACAGGCUGGAUUUGUGAGUAUUUAUUUGGUUGUGGAAUAGAAGACAAUUUGCAGUGCACGAAUUAAAAUGUCAAUGUAGUGGGUGUAUGAAGGGUAGGCCUACAGGCCGCCACCUUCACAUGCUCGUCUAGAACGUUAUGUCCCAGUAAGGCAACGCAUUCCACUCGACCUACUGUCUUGAUAUUUAUUUGAUGACGUUACAUCGCUGGAUUUUAUAACUCGUUCAUUGCACAUUUCAUCUAGUUUUGCCCUUUCAAUGCGCUAAUGCGCGCUUGAACUACACUGCGGUCCCAUAAAAUGGCUGUGCUAGUUAGGUAGUUUAGCAUGCUAUCCGAUAGCUAGCUAAGCUCUGUGAAGGUCAGGAUCGUUUACAUACAGAAUGCUCUGUCUUGUAUACACCAUACAUUUCUUAAAUUAUAUUUAGCUAACUGCAGUGUAGUUAUUUGCUUUGAAAUAUGUGUUUGUAGGUGUGGCAUAACUGGUUUUGGAUUAUUCAAAGGCCAGCUGUCAAAAGAAAGAGGACAUCUUGCGGACAACCUAGCUAGCUAACUUUGGGGCAUAUGUCAUGUUUUGAUUUCAGUUCAUUGUAACGCAACUAGCGAUUCCAAUAUACAUCGUGCGAUUUAUUUACCAUUGCAUCAUACAGUAACACUGGUCUUGAACAAUAACUGAUCAUGCUCUCAUUCAUUCUAGGUGGCCAAGAAUGUUGCCGCCGCCACCAGCGUAGGAGUGAAUCACCUCCACACACAUAGACCAUGUCUUGCUGCAAAGACUGGUGCGUAGAGAGAAUGGGGGCUCAAUGACUGACUCAACGAAUGACCUUUAGUUAUUGACACUUACUAUUUGGGUCAGAAAUCCUGUUUUUCCACAAUGUACCUCUUGUAAUGAGCAGGGGACAUCAGGAUGUAAUGACAUUUGAAAACACAAUAAAAUUGCUGCUACCAUUUCCCCCUGUACAAAUGUAUAAAAGGGAUUCCUCUAUGGCUAUAUUAUACUAACAAAACCAAGGAGAUAUGUUGACUUCCUGUUUUGAUGAGCGGAUUCUUCCUACCAGGCACGGCUGAGGUGUCCUCAAUCUUGGAGGAGAAGAUCCUGGGUGCUGACACCAGUGCUGCUCUUGAGGAGACUGGCCGUGUGCUCUCCAUCGGUGAUGGUAUUGCCAGAGUGUACGGUCUCAGGAAUGUUCAGGCUGAGGAGAUGGUGGAGUUCUCCUCUGGGCUCAAGGUGCAGAUCUAGACAGUUUAAGAAUCUUUAACUGAACCAUGUUGCAGUGGAAGCGCUUGUUCUGUUCAACCUAACCACUGUCGUCAAUCAGCAUAAUUUGAACAAUGUGUUCUAUCAUCUUCUAGGGUAUGUCUCUGAACUUGGAGCCUGACAAUGUUGGUGUUGUGGUGUUCGGUAAUGACAAGCUGAUCAAAGAGGGCGACAUCGUGAAGAGGACUGGUGCCAUCGUGGACGUGCCAGUUGGUGAGGAGCUGCUGGGUCGCGUGGUGGAUGCUUUGGGCAAUGCCAUCGAUGGAAAGGUGAGGGCUGAUUUGUUAUAAAAAAAAAUUAAAGUGAAUUGCUAGUUAUUAAUAGAAUUUGACUUUAUUGUCCAUUUUUUUAUGAAUUAAUGUGAAAUGGAACUGUCUUUCACCACACAAGAAAAAGGAUCACCCAUCUGAUCCUUUCAGAUCUAGGCAGUGUCCUUGGGUUGUGACUAGAGGUUGACAACAGCCUGGGCAUAUCAGGUCUGAUCAGAAUGACAUUAACCCUUCCCUAUCCCUCAGGGUCCUCUUGGAUCUAGCAUCCGUAGGCGUGUGGGUCUGAAGGCCCCUGGCAUCAUCCCCCGUAUCUCUGUGAAGGAACCUAUGCAGACUGGCAUCAAGGCCGUGGACAGCCUGGUGCCCAUUGGCCGUGGCCAGCGUGAGCUGAUCAUCGGUGACAGACAGACUGGGUAAACACAGAUGGCCAGAUCCAUCUUAGAAAAUAGCUCUAUUCCUUUAGUCGGGCUAACUGGGGCUUGAGAAUAUGGUCUUUCCAUUCAACUUCUGUCUCUUUUCAAAUUUAUUCCCCAGACACUCCAGAGCCCAAAUAUACCAGCACUGUAAUCUAAUACAAAUACCCUCUUUUCCAAUCUAACAGCAAAACCGCUAUUGCCAUUGACACCAUCAUCAACCAGCGACGUUUCAACGAAGGCAAAGAUGAGAAGAAGAAGCUUUACUGUAUCUACGUUGCCAUUGGCCAGAAGAGAUCCACUGUGGCCCAGCUGGUGAAGAGGUUGACUGAUGCUGAUGCUAUGAAGUACACCAUUGUGGUUUCUGCUACAGCCUCUGAUGCUGCUCCCCUGCAGUACUUGGCCCCCUACUCUGGCUGCUCCAUGGGAGAGUUCUUCAGAGACAAUGGCAAGCACGGCCUCAUCAUCUAUGAUGAUUUGUCCAAGCAGGUGAGAAGGGGAAGUCAGGGCUGAGUGGAGUCUCGAGUGUGAUGCUACUUCAUGGAGGAAAAAAGAAUGGAACUGGGCUCACACAGUAAAUUCAUCCAUGUUCAACAGCUGUAUUCUCUCCCCUCCCUACUCUCCAGGCUGUAGCCUACCGUCAGAUGUCCCUGCUGCUGCGUCGUCCCCCCGGUCGUGAGGCUUACCCCGGUGAUGUGUUCUACCUGCACUCCCGUCUGCUGGAGAGGGCCGCCAAGAUGCACGACAACUUUGGCGGCGGCUCCCUGACCGCUCUGCCCGUCAUUGAGACCCAGGCCGGAGACGUGUCUGCCUACAUCCCCACCAACGUCAUCUCAAUCACUGAUGGACAGGUGGGGUCAUUUCAUUGAAGGGCCUCACUUGCCUAAUUUCCAGUCAACAUGUCAAAGAUUAAUGUAAUCCCUAAACCGAGUUGUGCUCUCUCCCCGGCAGAUCUUCUUGGAGACUGAGUUGUUCUACAAAGGUAUCCGCCCAGCCAUCAACGUGGGUCUGUCUGUGUCCAGAGUUGGAUCCGCUGCCCAGACCAAGGCCAUGAAGCAGGUACGGACUGUGGCUCUGAAGGAGACUGUCAUCGGAUAAAUGCAGAUAAACUUCCUUGCAGUGCAUUUCACCAUUUAGCCCACAGUAUUAAUUUUUUCCCCACUUGAAUCCGUCUCCUAAAUCCAUGAUGUAAUUGUGGUCCUGUCUGUGUAGGUGGCCGGUACCAUGAAGCUGGAGCUGGCCCAGUAUCGUGAGGUGGCUGCCUUCGCCCAGUUCGGCUCUGACCUGGACGCUGCCACCCAGCAGCUGCUCAACAGGGGCGUCCGUCUCACCGAGCUGCUGAAGCAGGGACAGUACUGUGAGUGUCGCCACCAGUGUGCUAAUAAAGUUUGACAUCUUGUUGUCAGCAAGGCCCACAAAAUAAAACUUUCUCUCCCUCCCCUAGGCCCAAUGGCCAUUGAGGAGCAGGUGACUGUCAUCUACGCCGGUGUCAGAGGUUACUUGGACAAGCUGGACCCUUCCAAGAUCACCAAGUUUGAGAAGGCCUUCCUUGGGCACGUCCUCAGCCAGCACCAGGACCUGCUCACCACCAUCAGGUAACAGACAUGGGACCACCGGAGUACUACCAGUCUGAUCUGAGCUUUAAGUUGACGUUAAAAUGUUAACAUACGUUGAUAUACACUUCAUCUGAACUGAUGGGACACCCUUGUCUUUCCAGGACCGAUGGCAUGAUCUCACCGACAUCUGAUGCCAAACUGAAGGAGAUUGUGUUGACCUUCCUGGCCAGCUUUGAGUAAUGUGUGAAACUGCUCCUGGUCCUUCAGUGUGCUACCUGUCUCGGUCCCCAUUGUCCUAAUAUUAUAUGUGAACUACUGAAGGCCAGAACCUCCAUGUACAGAUUUCUCCUAAGAAUAAAUAACAUUUUACAACCCUAGAGAGCUGUGGUGAAAUGUGACUUUAUGGUAAGGUGUGCAGGUCCAGCAGAUUUUCCACUUGGAAGGGUAUAAAUUAUCACUUGAAUUCCUGUAUUAUGUUCUAAUGCAGUAAUGUUUCACCACUGUGGAUCUUUAUAUAGUCAAACUACCCUAAAUACAGUUUCUUAACUUCGUUCAUGAAAUUCACUUCCAUCUUGUCAGAAUAAAAACGUGGUUUCAAAAUAUAUUGAUUAACAGGACAUGGAUUGUCAUUUUUGCCCCUCAAGGAAAAAUGCAGCGCUUUCAGUCAAGCAUGGCGCAUUUCAGAUUUGAUUCAAAUAAAUGUAUAUUUAAAUACCGUUGCUGCAAUGUCUGUUGGGUAGUUCCUGUCAGGGCUCAUGAGUAAACGUUUCUGUAAAGCAGGAAUGGUGGGUGUUACUUGUUUAAUACAAUGGCAAUAAAGGUAUCCACAUUUACUGUAAAA